CUAUGCUCCUCGACAACAACUGUACUGCAGCUCCAGAUGCCGUGUGUGUACAAGCGAAAGGAGAAGGAAGGGACGCGACUAGCACUGCUGAUCCACUUCUGAGCUGCGCUGUACUGACAGUCUGCCUCGCCUCUGCAGCAGGCUUGGAAAAGAAGAGCUCCUCCGAGACUAAGAGGCGCUCUGAUGCCUUUGAUGCCCAAAGGAACAAGAGACUGGGUGUUUGGAAUGGAAGAAUGGAAACCAAGGAGCUGUUCUGGCUUUUUUUACGGCCUAUUGCCUGAUGCAUGCAAGGGCUCCUCUCAUCUCUGAAGAACAGAUGCUCUGUAUUGAUCUCCCUCCUCCAGAUGUCUGGAGCUCUGCACAAUAGUUAACGCCUGCCAGCAUUCAGAAGAAAGACAGAGUCCAUGACACUGAAAAACCCAAAUGAUGGACAAGAAAAGUGCAAAUGGCUUUCCCUCCAAGGCUUCUGAGAGCGGGAGACAGAGAAAACAACUGCCCUAUUCUGUGGAGACACCCUAUGGCUUUCACCUUGAUCUGGACUUCUUGAAAUAUGUAGAUGACAUUGAGAAGGGAAAUACCAUCAAGAGGGUGCAUAUACAACGAAAGACGAGGGGCCCAAAAUAUAGCACACUGCCUCGCAACUUCAGCCUUCCCGGACACGGAUCCCGUCCUGCUGACAGGGACACAUGGGCCUACACAUCCACCCUGGGCUCCAAACCCAAGUCACGUGUUACUGAGGUCCAGCAGCUUUUUGAAUUCAGAGCCAGCGAUGGUGGUGCCGCUAGUAGCAGUGGAAGCUCUUCUGCAAAUCACUCGAAGGCACAAGGUGGCAGCUACCUCACUUCCCCCAAGCAUGUGGAUGAGGUCUAUAUUCAGCCUUCCCAAGAGCAACAGAUGAGCCUUAACGUGAGGCCGCACCUAUUCCGGGCAUCCAGUAUGCCUGUUAACGUCCCACACAGGAAAGCCUCAGACUCCAGCGAUGAGCAGAGCCUGCAUUCACAGAAUGGCUCAACCGAACGACUGUUUCGGCCUGUGGACAGCAGUGACAGAAGAGGUAGCAUUCCCCAGGACAGGGCCAGCCUGCAUCAGCAGAUCACGGCAGCGCUGAAGCGGGUAAGAGAGCUGGAGGAACAGGUCAGAACCAUCCCCAAGCUGAAGGCUCAGAUUUGCACACUAAAGGAGGAGAAGGAACAACUGCUCCAGAGGAUUCAAGAGCAGUCUGCAGUAGAAGGUCUGCAGGCGUCUGCCGAAAAGCCCCAGUCUGAAUCCCAAGGCAGCACUGAGCUUUUUACAGCAAGUGAACAGCAGGAAGCCCCAUCACUUUCUCAGGGUGCUGAAAGUAAAACCAAGACACCGAAAGCAGAGACAGUGGCAGAGCAGCAGGGUGAAGGACAAGAUUUAGUGACACAGAACCCUGUAAUAUCAGAAGCAGAACCAGUGCCAGCCGUGGUCUCUGUCCCAGUGAUACUCAUUGAAAAAGCUGAGAGCCCAACUGACUCAGAAGGAUCAGACAGACUGUUAGAGGAAACUGAACAUCAAACAGAAAUAUCAGAAACCCCUUCAGAACAAGGACCGGGAACGCAAGAGGGGAGAGCAGAGGUUUCAUUAGAAGAUAAACAUUUGGAGCUAAAAGAAGGUAUGUCAGCCACAGAAGAACAAGUAGAUGUGUCUGAGUGUCAAUCAUCCCAAGGGGAAAUGCGCAAAACAGAAGCUUCUGAAGGAUCAAUUGUAGCAGAGGAAAAAACGACCUCCGACACAGACAAACAAGAGCUGCUCAUUAUCCAAGAGCUACAAAUCAAAGUAAAAACUUUGGAGGAGACAUUAACUGAGGCCAGCUGUGAGAUAGAAAAGACAAAUUCCUUACUUGCAGCACAGAUGGAGGAGAACAGACUAAAGGACAUAACAAUUCAGGAACUUAGUGAGAAAAUAAAGGAGUCCAUUUCAGUUAGUGUAGAGCAAGAGACCCAAGUUUCACCAGAGUCUGGGCCACCUCCUCGACUCAUCAUUACAUGCGAUGCAUCAGUCAGCACAGAGAGCACGACCGUCUCAAACAAAGCCGUGUCAACCGAGGCUGAACUUCAACCUCUUGAUGGUCCCAAAGAAGCAGACCUAAUGUGCUCAAGCACUCAGACAGAUGUAGCUGAAACACGAGACACUGAGGUGUUGGCACAGGUUGUGACAGCUGAGAAAACUGUGGGUGUGGAUGUUACCUUGUCUCACCGUGCGGUCGAGACUGAUUUCCCCACGGGUCCUAGUGGUCAUGUGCAUGAAGACAGUGAGCAGACUAAAGGAGGAGAAGACUCUGUAGAAGCAGAUGGUGAGACCAUUGCUGUGACGUACACGCCGCAAGACGAGAACAUGGAAGACGAGAGCUUAAUUGAGAGUGAUGUAGCUGAAGAGUAUGUUAUAGUAGAAAAGACAGAAAGUGAUGUAAUUGAGAUGGUAACCAGGGAGGAUAUAGGCAUCAAAUCCUCAAGAAAUGAGUUGAGAGAUAGUGUGGUUGUCGAAAGCGUGGUAACAGAAAGCUCACAAGACACACCAUCAUCACUAAAAAGUCAAAACAUAGGGGAAGGACAAGACCACCAGCCUCCACCUGAGCCUCCACCUCAGUCUCCACCACCGCCUCAGAGACCCGCCGAAACUGCAGCAUCACCAGCAGCCAUAGGCCAUGUGGUCAAUCGCAUCCAGGGCCUUCUUAACGAGCAGUGGGCCAGCCUGGGAAGUGGGAGCCAGGAAGCAAAAGGCGAGAGCUCGCAGAAGCAGCCGGUAUCGAAGAUCAGCUCCAUCCAGAGCCACCUCAGAGGUUCUCUCAGUGCCCUCUCUGCCUUCUAUUCUCCUGUUCAAAAAGGAGGUGCAACUAAACAGUCAGGCCUGAAGUCCAUCAUGAAGAAGAACGGCUGUCCUGACAAGCCGGGGAAUGGAGGAGCCAAAAAAAACCUCAAGUUUGUUGGCGUAAAUGGAGGCUAUGAGUCCACUUCCAGUGAGGAGUCCAGUGGGGAAGAGAUUCAGGACGAGGGGGAGGAGGAGGUGGAUAGCUCCGAGCCGGAGGAGCAGGGGGAGGAGAGUGGAGCGGCCCAGGAAGAGGCUGCUGCUGCUGGGGAACAGGAUGAUGAUGAUGAUGAUGAUGAUGAUGAUGAUGAGGAGGAGGAGGAGGAGGCAAGGUGCGAGGAGGGCCUCCUGGCCAGUGUUGGUCCCCAGGAGGAGCAGCCUGUCAGUGAAUGUGUUGAUAACAACUUCAUGGCUGCUUGUCACUACCUGAAGGACCGAAUGGCAGAAGUCACUGCCCCAAACAAAGAGAUGAGGCAGGUUCUUAUGAUGCUCUAUCAGGAGUGGUUCCGUGUGUCCAGUCAGAAGGAGUCUAAGGCAGAUACAGUUACCCUGUACCUGAGGGAGGUGGGGAUGCAGACGCCAACUCUCCUGCGCUACGUUGUAAACUUGGCAGAUGGAAAUGGCAACAUGGCCUUGCAUUACAGUGUCUCUCACUCCAACUUCCCUGUGGCCAAACUGCUUCUGGAUACAGGUCUGUGUGAGGUGGAUCACCAGAACAAGGCAGGUUACACUGCGAUAAUGUUGGCAACGCUGACUGCAGCGGAGGGGCCAGAUGAUAUGGAGGUGGCGCAGCAGCUCCUGAGCUUGGGCAACAUCAACGCUCGCGCCGGCCAGUCAGGCCAGACGGCUCUUAUGCUGGCGGUGAGUCAUGGGCGUUCAGCGAUGGUGCAGGUCCUUCUCAAGUUCAAGGCUGACGCGAACGUGCAGGACCACGAGGGCUCCACAGCGCUGAUGAGUGCCUGUGAGCACGGCCACACUGAGAUCGUCACAAUGCUGCUGGACACACCUGGGUGUGACACCAGCCUCAUGGAUAAGAACGGGCACACUGCACUGUCUAAGGCCAUCAGGGCCUCCCACUCAGAGAUAGUUGACCUUCUGAAAGCCUGCGCUGAAAAGGCUGCUCUUCUCUAAGCCUGCCUGGCUCCCACACUUCCAGGGGCCAGCAUAUUCCCUUCCACUGCCUUGGACACUGGCUACAAGCGCGACUUCAGCAGCAGAAUGGAUCAGUUAGCUGUCAACAUUCUAUUUGAAACAAAGUUUUGACUAUAGUGGCCUGUGAAAAAUGGACUUUAAUCAGGCAAACUUCCCGGAACUCUGCUAAACAUCAGAUCAAGUUCUUCACUUCCUCUGAAGCGCAGCUGCCUUCAUGGGGAUCAAGCGUGGUCGUCUGUUACAUAUUUUGUCCUCUUCUCCAGCAUAUUAUAUUUUUGUUAAGUAGAGAGUGUUAUACAUGCAAUAUUCCAAAAUAUAUCAGAUAUACACUAUAUUUAUUUUAUAUCGCACUUUGCUGUAUUGAGUUGUUUUAUUCUCAAAUAUUACACGCACAGUAUAAGGCCUGUCAGACUACACCCUGAUCAUCACCAUUAUGUCUUCCAACAUAAAGGUUGUCAGGUAAUGCUCAAGUCACGAUGACUCCCAGGCAAUAGAAAUGGAACGUGAUUUUAAUAUAAGACAAAUACAAUGUCAGGGUAGCUUCCAUACCAAAUAUGUUCACUCAGUACACAGAAACAUGGACCAAUGUUUGGUCCUGUGUUGGUUCUCACACCUUCUAGUCAGGUGUCCCCUGAACACUUGGAUAUGUUAACCUUGGCUAUGUUAACACAACAAAAUGAUUUAUUGUUUUUUUUGUUUUUUUUUAUCUUAUUGGACGAGUUUUAGAAAUUUGUAUUUUGGUAUUUAAAAACCCAAUGUAACCUUU